AUGCAAGAAUCCACUGAAACCCGUUUCCCUACCGCUACCACCUCUCCAUCUCCUUUGCUAAAGGGCUCGCAGCUUUCACCACAGCUUCGGUUGGUUAAUCCGCCUUGCCUGAUCGUUUAUCGUGAGAUGCGCUUUCUUCUGAUGGAUGCCCCUUCAGAGCUGACCGUGCCCCUUUACAUCAAGGAGAUGCAUCGACACAAUGUCACCGAUCUUGUACGGGAUUGGAUCUUUCCAGAUGGUGCUGCGCCGCCAGGGGCUAUCGUUCACCAAUGGCUUGCCUUGUUGAAACGCACCUUUUCCUUGCACGCAGCCGACUCUUUAGAAGAGUAUGAUGAGGAUACGACCAGAUCUACCGUUGCUGUCCACUGUAUUGCAGGUUUAGGACGCGCUCCUGUCCUGAUUGCCAUUGCACUCAUUGAACACGGGAUGGAUCCUUUUGAUGCUGUGCUUUUCAUCCGCAGAAAGCGGCGGGGUGCUAUUAAUCAGAUGCAAUUGAAGUUCUUGGAGACAUACUACCACAGGCACAAGCGUGCAAAGACUGCUCCUCGGUGCAGCCUCAUAUGA